GGAGUUCGUUUCUUCUGGAAAGAAAGACCGACAUCCUUCGACCGUUAGUCGCCAUUUUGAGGAUCUUUUAAAAGGCAACAAAAGACGUUUUACUCCGCUAACCUAAGAGGUUUUUCGUGUUUUGUCGAUAUUUUCCCACGUAUUUAGGUUAAAUGUCUCGAUUUAACAACAACCGUGGAGCUUUUGGGAUGAAUCAAUUUCAGCCACACCGAGGAGGCCCCGGCGGCCCGAUGCGUGGUAGCAUAAUGGGAAAUCCGUUUAGGAACCAUCCUUUCCAGCAUCCCAAUCAAAACCGCAGAGGUGGUAAUAACUUCAACAGACAGCCAAAUCAAGGUUCCCAUGCGGUGCCGCAGAAACCGGCAAAUCAGUCGGAACCCAUCAUACCUCCACCGAGUCCCGGCCCGGCCCUCACGAUGAAAGGCCCAAUGGAGCAAAAGCAACCAACCCAGGAGCAGAAGAAACCAGAAUCUCCAGCGACCCAGCCGAAGGUACAAUCCCCACCACCGGUGAAAUCUGAAGUAACCACCCCCCAGCCUAACCAGAACCAGCAGGUCAAGUCUUCGGCUGGAGAUUCAACCGAGCAGCAGCAGCAAAAAGCAACACCCCAACAAAGCCCGAAACCUGUUCCCCAACAGAAGCCUCAGCCCAGUCCUCAGCAGCCUGGAAACCAACAGACUCAAAAGCCCGGUCCCCAGCAGCAGAACCAGAGGCCCGGUCCCCAGCAGCAGAACCAGAGGCCCGGUCCCCAGCAGCAGAACCAGAGGCCCGGACCCCCGCAGCAGCAGAACCAGAGGCCCGGGCAGCAGCAGAACCAGAGGCCCGGACCCCCGCAGCAGCAGAACCAGAGGCCCGGACCCCCGCAGCAGCAGAACCAGAGGCCCGGACCCCAGCAGCAGAACCAGAGGCCCGGAUCCCAACAGAACCAGAGGCCCGGUCCCCAGCAGAACCAGAGGCCUGGUCCUCAGCAAGGCCAGAGACCCACCCAGUCGGAACCUGGGGCUAAACCAGAGGCGAAACAAACUCCCUCUAAAAGUGGGUCCGCCGAGUCAGACGGCGGCCAAGAACAGGGGUUCAAGGGGACGCUGUCCAUGCUGUUGAAGCCGGGGGAGAAGUCCUACACACAGAGGUGCCGUUUGUUUGUUGGUAACCUUCCCAAUGACAUCACAGAGGAGGAUUUCAGGAAGAUGUUUGCAAAAUACGGAGAGCCAUCUGAAGUGUUCAUCAACAAAGCAAAGGGCUUUGGAUUCAUCCGACUGGAGUCCCGGGCACUGGCAGAAAUCGCCAAGGCAGAGAUGGACGACACUCCAAUGAAAAACAGACCUCUGCGAGUUAGAUUUGCUACACAUUCUGCAGCUCUGUCAGUGAAGAAUAUUUCUCCAUUUGUUUCCAAUGAGCUCCUGGAGGAAGCCUUUUCCCAGUUUGGAAUGGUUGAGAGGGCCGUUGUUGUUGUCGAUGACCGUGGGCGCUCCACGAGUCGAGGCAUUGUUGAGUUUGCUUCCAGGGCAGCUGCCAAAAAGGCCCUGGAUCGAUGCAAUGAAGGCGUUUUCCUCCUCACCACCUCACCUCGCCCCGUGAUUGUAGAGCCUCUGGAACAGUUUGAUUGUGAUGAUGGCCUUCCAGAGAAGCUGACCCAUAAGAACCCUCAGUACCAGGCAGAGCGCGAACACCCUCCUCGCUUUGCUCGUCCCGGAACAUUUGAAUUUGAAUACUCUAAACGCUGGAAGUCUUUGGAUGAAAUGGAGAAGCAGCAGCGAGAGCAGGUGGAGAAGAACAUGCGUGAGGCCCGUGAGAAGCUGGAGAGUGAGAUGGACGAUGCUUACCAUGAGCACCAGGCUAAUAUGCUCCGCCAGGAACUUCUGAGGCGACAGGAGGAUCUGAGACGUAUGGAGGAGAUGCACAAUCAGGAGAUGCAAAAGAGGAAAGAAAUGCAGCUCAGACAAGAAGAAGAACGUCGCAGACGUGAAGAAGAAUUGCUUCGGAAGAGAGAAGUGGAGGAGCAGAUGCGCCGCAAGCGUGAAGAGAACUACAGGAUGGGCAACUUCGUCGAUAUGGAAAGAGAGAUGAGAAUGCACACCAGUGGAAAUAUGAACGACAUGUCCUUUAGUGCAUCCAGUCAGAAGUUCCAGAUGGGUGGACUCAACUUUGAAAGCCAGGCAGGAAUGGCAUCUUCUCCAGGAGGCCUGAUCAACAAUGAAAUGCGCAAUGAGCGCUUCUCCCAGGGCGGUGCUAGAGGAAUGGGUGCAGGUGCCGCUGGGUUUGGCAGGGUCCGUGAGGAGUUUGACGGUCCUGUUAAGAAACCCCGUUUUUAAAGGCUGCUUUUUGAAGCUUCCAGCAGCACCACUUGUAUAGAAACACCAAGACAAACAUAAGUCGUACUUCCUGUAUUUAAGUUUGAACUGUUGCAUCGUUUUAGUCAUUUAGUUGACUGUUUUUUUAAGUCAAUAUUUUCCUCCUUUUUAAAAAAAAUGAGUUAGAAUUGUUAUUGGUGUGGAAACUGGUCACCCUGGUGUGAUCCAGUUGUUCGUUCUGAUCAUGUAUCCUGUUCCUUUCUAGAUGUACAUUGCUAUGUGAAUCGCCGUGAAGUGAUAACUGUAACUUUCCUGAACCUCCCAUGGCUGUGUUUUGUGCCAUAGAUUUGGAGUUGAAGCAUGAUUAAAAUAAAGACACACUGGUUCUAUCAGGAAACGGUUAAAUUUUAUUUCUAAAACUCAUUUAAACACAAAUUCACUGUCUCAAUAGUAAACAUGGACACAUUGUGAGUAAGUUUAGCAUGUUGAGUCUUUAUAGGAUUCUUAUUUCCUCCAUCAGUACUGAACUGUACACUUUACGGCUAUCAUCAUCAGCUGGGCUUAUUAUACUUAGAAUAAAGUAAUAGUCAGGAAUAAACCAAGUUACCCACACCCUGAUGUAGAUGUUGGAUAUUUUUCAGCAAUAUCAGACUCAAAAUACAGAGGUCUUAUGUUUUUAGGGUUGAUCCCGACACGUUUAAAUGAAAGUUACCGUUUUGCAUCAGCGGGGAAAUAAGCUGCUAAAACACACAGCUUAAAGGACCAGCAGCAAGCUUCCUAGUCUGGAGGAUUUCUCUCCACCUCCUUCACCCGAGUAAAGAGAGAAAAGGUUUUAAUGGACGAGCCGUAGAGGCCGACCGAUAUGGGUUUCUUGAGGCUGAUGCCGAAUAAUUUGUCGAUGGCCGAGAUUUAAGGCAGACAUAUACGUUUUUGCAACACAUUGGUUGCGAAAGACAACUGAACACUCACUGUGUGCAAUAUAAAUUAAAUGGGUAAAAAAUCUCUUAAUAUUUUUUGAACUUCUAAUAGAAAACAAACUCAAACCAUUGAACUGUGUUGGGGUCUUUCGGGUCCUUUCUUCAGUCUAGAGGUGGCGGCAGUUGGCAAAACAGGUGCCUGAUUUCUUUAUUUUCGUCAGCCCUUAAAAAUAAUUUUGGUCGAUACAGAAAAGAUUGAAUAGAUCUGCUCGAUUUAUUGAUCGGCCGAUAUAUCGGUUGGCCUCUACUUGUGAGUGGUCAAGGCAGCUGAGGGCGAAGCCGAGACUGAAGUGCAUUACAGCCGCAUCAGAAAUGCUGGCUAGUGUCAGAAGUCACUGCUUAGCCAAUAGCAAUGGCUGAUUCAAAUUUCCAUGUAGAGCAGACUUUUAACCUGAAGAGGGCGCUACACUUAUGGCAGAUUAUAUUUUAAAUACGAUGCACUAAAAAUUCGAAACAACUACGCACCUCUACUGAACUAUUAGACACUCGUUUAUACAGUUAAACAGAAAAAAGUAGAUUUGGGGGCGACUUCCUCUGUAAAGAUGUGCUUUGAGACGACUGACAAACUCGCAUAGCACAUUGGUCUGCUCACACUCACUAGGCUUGGGCGGUAUCCAAAUUUCAUUACCGUCUAGUUUUCUCCACAUUUUACCACUCAGUACGGUAUUACCGGGGCUAGUUUUAAAAAUGAUGACUUAAGCCUUAAAUGGCUGUAUACGCUUACCAAACAACUGAUUUGGUUCUUCACUGUUCAGAAACCGAAUAACGAACUAUUACGAAAACCCGCUUUGGUGAGCUUGUGGCGCCGACACACGGGGGGCUGUUCCCAUCAUCUGGGGAAGGCUGGCAACAUGUUUUCCACCAGAAAAGCACAUGGUUGUCUCUUAAUUAAUUUAUUGCCAUGGACGGCAAAAGUCGUUAAUUGCUUUUUUAUACUAGGCAGACACCAGAACAAGCCCCCACACUGUGAGAACAAACUGAUCUUCAUCCGCUACUGUCACACGUCACGUGAUCAGGAAGCAGAACAUCCAAAAAAAUAGGCGUGAACCAGAAAAAUUUCCGCAGCUCACAAUUCGACAACAGAUUAUGAAAGACUGGAUAACGCUAGAAACAUGCUCGCAAAGCAGUGAGUCUGCACUUUCUUUUGGUAUUUUAGUUGCUGACAUCAUCAUAGAGCACAAUGUUCUGUGACUCUUCAAAAAAUAAAAAACAGUAAAAACGCUCAAACGCUGGCGGCCAGGGGCAUUUUCCCAGGAAACGGCUGGCAGUUGAUGAGCCAAUAACAGGCCUAAGACAGAAGUCUAUUUCACCUGCAGCUCGCUCCUCGGCCAUUGCAACGGGGCGUGCAUCUUUCGCGGUCAUCUUUUGUUUGCAAAAAUAACCUCAUCAGUGUAAGUUUCUUCCAACCAGAAAUACUCCCCCAAAGUUAUUUUUUAGAAACCGUCUGGCACGCGAGCUGCCACCUCUUCUCGGCUCAGUUGUCACGUGAUGACGUUCAUCAACUUCAUGGAACGUCUAGAAGUUGGACAAAAUUGUUAAACUUUUUGUAAAUCUAAACAACGCAUCAGUUUUAUACAUUAAAUGAUUUAUUUAUCUCAUUUAUUUUUACUUGUCUUUUUUUUUUUUUUUUUUUUUUUCCCAUGACUGUAUUGGGACUUACGUGGGUAUUUUGUAACACCUGCUGUAUACGGUAAUGCUGCUCAAGCCUAACACACACACACACACUAGAAGCUCUUAUAAGACUUUCCUGACCUGAAUCCAUGUUUGCCUGUAGUUCUACUAGUAAGAAAUAACACUGAGGAGUGUCUUCACAUACAGUCAUAAGUUUUUAUUCACUCCUUUUUGAUUAUCUACUGCUACACCGUCCUCCAACCUCCUCAAAGACUCCUACUUUUUGCUGCUUUUUCCUUUUUCAUCUUAUACCAGUGAGUUUUUGUCCAGUGGGAAGGAAUUUGUGCUGAUUUUUUUACAUCACAGGGGUUUUAUUUGUAUCCAGAAAAACCGUAGUCAAAAGUCACAAGUCUUGUUAUUUUACCAGAGUAGUUUGAGGCACUUAACGUCACCAAGUCGGUGGUCUCAUGCUUGAGUUUAGAAGUGACUGAUCUCACAUUUCACUUGAUCAUAAUGUUGAGACUAUUAGGAAAAUUCAAAGUGAACUCAGUCACGAGUGGGAGGGGGCCAAGUUGGAUUUAACAUAACGCUGAUGAAAGCACGGAGAAAUGUCUGCCUGACGUUUGUCAUAUUACACCUGAUUGUGCUUUUCCCACGCUGCUCUUGGUUUACUCCAUGUAGCAGUUGGUGGCUGAAGAAAUCAGCAGAGAAUCCUGCUUCUUCACUAAAGCGGCCAUUUUCUUGACCUGUCAAAUCGAGACACUCUUAUUGCAUCACAAAUCUUCUGACAAGCCGUAAAGUUAUAGAUGAAAACACACAAAUCAAAACUAUGCCUCCAACUGCAGUUGGAGGAGCAGUUGUUUUGCACUAGUGUUUUAUUUUUAUAUUGUACUUGUACAUUCAUGUGCUUGCUUAAAGCAGCCCAGUGACGCAAGGUUCCCUCAGCUGUCCUUUUGUUGGUGUCAUCAUCCGCUGGUUGGAGCUGGGACCCAAUCCUCUGUUCAACAGUCUUCCUGCCUAAACCAGGGUUGUUGGUAGAGUUGGUCAGACCACACAGUCUUGAUCAAGAACUUGUGGAGAAUAUGUUCACACAAACUGGGAUAAGACCAAAGCUGGAAGCUUCAGGAGAAAAAAAAAGAGAUAAUUUUUGUGUUUUCCACCAUGGACCUUUUUGAGAAACUUCAGUUCCAGUGCAGUUUCCCCAUCAUCAAUCUGAGCAUUCGUCCUAAUACUACCUGCUGGUGUGUGCAGUUUUAUUUUUAUUUUUUUUACUGCUGUACUGGUAACUUCCCCCAUGAUGCAACAUUCUCCCACCUGCUCUGGCUCGACAAAAAGUCAUGCUAUCGCUUCAGUAGAAGUAUCUAGAAGCCUUCCGACACACAAACCGUCUGUCAGAGUUGUAUGGUAAGAGGACAUAGCCUGAACGAGACAGUAAGUAAUCUUGAAUAAAGUGUUUUGAGUGCAUCAUUAAGUCACUUUGCUGUAGUUUUGCAUUUUAGUGAUUACUGAUGGUUUGAGAAUGUUUUUAAUGAGACAUGUUUUACCCAACAGAUCCUGGCACCUUAUUUUCAGACACUAUUGUUCAAAUCUCAGUAUUUAUUAAAACCUUUCAGAAGGAUUAAGUAGAUUUACACUUCUGGUAUUGGUUGUUUGGUGCUUUGAUAUUAUCUGGAAACAACCAAUUAUUUUGUUUGCAGUUGACCGUAGAUUAUACUUCUACUGUAAUAAAAUAAAACGUAAAGAAGUCAAACUCUGAAAAGUUUUAUAUGCUAAAUGACAUUAAACCAACACAAAACCACGAACAGUAAAAGCAGAAAUAAAUGGAAAAGGGAUGCCCUGGUACCAACAUCUGGUUCGAUGUUACGGUCCAUACUUGUAAAAGUAUUCUUAUAUCCCUCAUCAUUGGUUCUGAUCGGCAAAAUAAAUAUUGGAUCUGGAACGUGAAUGUUCAGCUCCGUCCUUUAUGGAAGGCUGUUGGAUCAUAUAACCAAAUUUAGCCUGAAAAGCCCAGUGGCAAGUAAUUUAUAUAUUUAAUGAUUUAGUCAAGAGUCAUUUCCCUUCUCUGACGUUUCCGAAUUAGCUGAUUUUACUCCCUCCUGUUUUACUUUCCAUUUUACAUAAGACCAGUAGAGGCUGACUGACAUGGGUUUUAAAGGCCGAUGCUGAUUUUUAAAGAAUUUUGUUGCCGAUAUCUAGAGCCGGUUAUUAGACCGAUAUUCUUACGUUUUAGCAGCGCAGUGAUGGUGAAAGACUACUGAACACUCACUGUGUGCAAAUAAAAUCUCUUAAUAUUUAUUAAACUUCAAAUAUUAAGGCUGCAUGGUGGCACAGUUGUUAGCACUGUUGCCUCGCAGCAAGAAGGUUGCAGGUUCGAAACCCGGUUGCAGCCUUUCUGCGUGGAGUUGCAUGUUUUCCUCCGGAUACUCCAGUUUCCCCCACAGAUCACAUCAUGCCCUAUAGGUUAAAAAUUGUACGUCCCUUUGAAUAAAAGCAUCUGCCAAAUAAUUAAAUAUAAACAUAGAACAAACGCUAAACAUAAAAUGUGCGUUGGGGUCCUUUGUGUCCUUUCUUCAGUCUAGUAGUGGCAGCAGUUGGCCACACAGGUGCCUGAGUUUUUGUAUUUAUUUUUAUCGGCUUUUAAAAAUGAUUUUGGCCGAUACAAAAACAAUUAAAUAUUGGCCGGCCUCUAAAGACGAUCAGAUUAAAUGAAACCAACUUCCGUUAAAUGUAAUGUACUAACCAGACAGCCAUUUCUGGUGUUGGAUCAAACUUCCUGUAAGAUCACAUCAGUAGAAAAACACUGAAUUCAUGUGACUUUUAUGAAACAUGGAGGAAUUCCAGGAAGCGAGUUUAGAACAUCGGGUGCCUCCUGAUAAAUCCCUGCUCGACAAAGCGCUCCCCUUCCCUCCAGGUUUCGCCGGCUCGAGGUCGCUGAGUUAGCCUCAACUAAACUUAUCAUGUCCGACACCAUAAAGUGAUCAUUGGAUAAUCAAAUAAUCCACUGUAGCACUUUAAAAAAUUCCCUUUGUUAACCGAAGGUUCUCCAAGUCUGAUCGCCUUAAAUAAUGGAUUAUUUGACUUCCUGAACCAUAUAUAUGAACCUAGUGCUGUUUUUAUAUAGUAGAUCAUCACAAUGAUGCAGAACAAUAAACCUGAUAAUUAUAUUACCUUCAGUUAUUUGAUGUCUUAAUUUAACCCAACAAGCUUUAAUAUACCCAGUAUGACCCAGUAUAUCCAGUAUAAAUAAGUCAUUUACUGAUUUUUGUCACGAAAAUUCAUUCAUAAAAACUGAGAUGAACUCUUGACAUAAAUAUAAAAAUAUAUAAAGUAUUAUUAAAAAUGGGAAGAAUCCAUAUGGCAUCCAAGUAUGUCUAAAAGCAUUGUUUCUUUUUUGGAUAACAUGUAUUUUUUAAUUGGAUUACACAUGCAUUUAUUUGCUUUUUUGGUCAUUUCCAGGCACCUAAUCCAGAACCGCUCUGGUUAUGUUUGAACUGAGUGUAAAUAACUCUAUGAUGACUGUUUGUUGGUGUUUUUGUACAAUUUGUUUGUUUCUUAACAGGUUUGACCACCUUUUUAUGAUUCUGGACUAAGAAAGGAUCUUUCCUGACCACGAGAUUCUGAGAUUGUAGCGUCGGUUUGAGCAGAUCCCUGAUUGUUGUGGCUUCAGUUUGACUUUUGUCAAACAUCUGAAGACUAGUUGUAACAUUUUAUUAUAACUACUUUUCUACAUUCUAACAGCUUAUAACUUAGUUUAUGAUCAAAAUCAGAAGUAUACACUUGUUACUGAUUUGGUUGGACGAGACCCAACCCAACAUUAAAAGUUUUUUUUUUUGUUUUUUUUUUUUUUUUUGCCUUCAGGCACCAAGUUAAUUUACCGUAUUUUCACGACCAUAGGACGCACCGUGUUAUAUGGCACAGCUUCAGUUACAGGUGUCUUUUUGGUAUUUAACACGUACAAAAGGCGCACCGGGUUAUAGGGCGCGGGCGCUGGCACGGUAAAACGUACCGGAUAAACAUCUGUGCGGGCUCGGGACUCGGAACAUAUCAGUGCAAACCAGACAUUGUGAAAAUUAUAAACAGCCAAAAGUAUGCUUCACUUUACUGUUCUAGUCCUGGUUCAGACCUGGUUUAGAGCGCACGUGCACUUCCUCAUUGCGUGCGCUGACGGCUCGUGCUCUUCUAAUGGGCUCGACACACGGGAGGAAACUUCGCCUCCCCUCCAUUCAUUUUCAAUGAGACACGCGUGACAAAGCGAUAAUCGCGGGUCUCCCUCCUACUAGAGCCGGGCGUACACCGGGAGUGCUGCAGGAGGACACACAGGGAUUUAUGGGGUUGGAUGAGGAAAACGAAAUAAAGUAAAUCUGUGUUUUGUGAUCAGUUUAAUUUGACAUGAACACGACAAACGCUUUCUUGACAAUCUUUGUGUAAAAGUUUAGAAAUAAAAACGAACAGCGUGUGUUAUUAGGGAAAUGGGGGGCGAGCGGUGUUGAUGCAGGAUUGCGCCGUGAGCAGUUCUGGUACUUUUUGGGUCGCAGCUGCUCGCAGCGCCGCUACAAGCGCUGAUGCACUGUGUUAAAGUUCAGAAUGUGUUUACCGGUAGUUGUUGGAUUUAACCAAAUAAACUUUCCACGUGAACAAAAUCAUAUGUGUGUUAUUAAUAGGCCUAAGAAAAUGGUGUGAUUUAAAUUGUGUUUUAUUAACCCUCUGGUGUCCAUGGACGCGUAUCCGCAUCUUGAACAGGUCUGAUUUGGGACGCUGUAGCAGCAAGACUCCACCUCCCUGAGUUUCGGUUUCAAUUCAGCUUUAAAAAGAUUAUAAACUACACCCCAGUUUUUAAAUGUUGUUAAUAGGCAACGUAAAAGCGGAGUUAUACUAAACUAAAAAACAACCUAUUUUUAGACAAUCUGAUAACUUGUCAAAACAGCAGUUUAGUAAUCCGUGAGGGGGAAUGUGCUUGUGAACAUAAAGACCCACAAAAACAUGAGAUCCUUUUGCUGUUGGUGGAAGUCUCACGUAUUCAAUUGAUAAAAAGUAUCAUUAUGUAGCUGAGAGAGAGAGGAAGGCCGCACGAGUAAUGAGAUGUGCGCAAAAGGAGCCGCUUGGCGGGGAAAGGAGUGGCGCGAACGGACUAACAACAAACAAUUAGACAGAUGUUGACGGUAAACUUCAUAUUUUGGAUCGAUCCGGAUAGAUAUAUUUAAGGUGCGUCUUAUGGUCGUGAAAAUACGGUAAACCAUAUUCUGUAGGUAAUGUCAUUUUAGUAACACUUUUUUUUUUUUACUCCUGAUCACAGUGAGAUAAAGAAAAUGGCUACUUUGGCUUGGUUGGUAAACUGAGCCCUAGUUUUUAUUACAUGUAUUUAAUGUAGUUAAACGUUUAGUUAUAACCGAUCUGAAACCUGCUGUUUUUGGCUCUUGUCUCUGAUUGCCAGAGUCUUUGUAAAGAGAUCAGAGGACUCCAAAGUGCUUUACACUAAAGCCACUCAUUCAUCCUUUCACACGCUGGUGGUGGUGAGCUACAGCACACAGAACUGAGGCUGCCACACAAUUGGCACCUCCAUUUCUUCUGACCACCAUCACCCAACAGCAGCAGACAAGGCAAGUGACCCGUCUUGCCCAAGGGCACAACAACUGACCUGGAUGAAGCCUGGGUUUGAGAUGGCAACCUGCUGGUUAUGGGGCAGAGUCCUAACCCCUGAUCCAAUGUUGGACACAUUUAUUGAUUAAGAACGGCAACCACCACCAUCAACUAUUUCUGAGCUUGUACAAACUAUUUGUCAUCAAUGACCUAAUGGUAGAGUGUCUGCCCUGGGACUCUGAGAUCGGAGUUCAAAUCCCGGUCGAGUCAAACCAAAGACUUUAUUUUAUUUUAAAAAGGGAACCCAACACCUCCCUGCUUGACACUCGGCUUUAAGGUGUUGGAUUGGGGGUUAAACCACCAAACAGUUCCUGAGCAUGGCCGUGUCCGCAGCUCACCGCUCCCCACAGGGAUGGGUCAAAUGCGGAGGACAAUUCACCACACCACACCUGUGUGUGUCGACUAUGGGACUUUAAUUCUUAAAUCAAUGAACAAGAAGACUCUUGUACCUAAAAUUUUUAUAAAGUUUCAGAUUUUCCUAAGCAGCUUUCUCUUGGUGGAAAGAGCUUCAAGUUCUACAAAAAUGUUUAGACAUUCACUGUACCCAGAUUUAGAAAACUAUUUAUCUUUCAGUUCCUGGAUGCUUACACGCAAGGUGUAAAACAUCCUGGGUUACUUGCAGCAUGCCUUUGUUCUUCAAAUACCAAACAGAUUUGUUUGUACCAACAUGACCGUUCAAAAAUCCAGUAAGGGGAUAUAAAUGGUUAACCAAUAGAUUGCAGAAGUUUUUGGUGAGAUUGAUUAUUAACAAUUUUUAUAGCACUUUCCUUUAUCCAAGAGAAGAACCAAAGUGCUAUACACGCAUAGAAAUAAAGAAAUUCAAAUUGACAAAGAACCCUGAAAAGGCCAACAAAGAUCUACAUAAAAAGAAAUAAAAGCCAGAUAGAAGAUGGAUAAAACGGGAUGAGGGACAGCUCCUAUACAUCUAAAAACAUAACUAAAGCGUGUGGUGAGUCUUUGUCUGUCUCUAAAAACCGGCAGCGAAGGCGCUUGCCUUGCCUCGAGUGGAAGGCGAUUCCACAGCUUAGGAGCCAAGACUGAGAAACCCCGACCUCUCUCGUCUACCUUCGUACCUGCACUAGUAUGUGGACAGAAAUUAUGGGAAACAUGGGAUUAGUAGUAGUUGCGAUGGACUACUGUCUUUAAGUGUGCACGUGAGUCUAGCGGCUUAACCCUAGGCAAAAAAGAUGGAUGAAGCAAGAGUGCACCCCAUUUGUAUGCAUCUCUAACUUAAGCGAGUCAUCCAACUUCAUGCCCAGAUAAGUGACCAGAUCAUUCUAAAAGGGGGUCAGUGAAGAGAGGUCAGUUUCCUGCUUUGAGACUAGAUUAACACUCGGGCUAAUAUCAAUGACCUUUUUUCCUUUGUUGAAGCUUCAAAAGCUAGAAGCCAUCCAGACUUUCACCUUAAUAGAGGCUGCAAUACCCUGUUGGAAGGAAAAUAGAUCUAGCAAACGUCAGCACAUAGAUGAAAAUUGACCUUGUGCUUCUGAUGAAGGGAACCAAGGUGCAACAGAUAGAGGGAAAAUAAUAAUGGACCUAUAACGACCCCUGUGGUACCCCCCAAGAGGCUGGCAUGGGAGGAAAAGAAGUCAUCCAGCUUCACACAGAAGCUUCUUCCAUAGAGGUAGGACCUAACCCACUCCAGGGGAUAUCCAGUGAUUCCCCCCCCCCCAUGACUCAAGCCAGGAUAACACGAUAUUGUGGUUCAGAGUUGAAAGCUGCUGAGAGAUCUAGUAAUGGCAGAGUCAGUGUGCCUGCAUCAUUGGCUAAAAAGACAUUUAUUCAGCCUUAUUUGUGGGAUUCAGAAGAUUUGACUCUACAGAUAUCUAUAAAGCACUUAAAUUCAAGCCCAAGACCAACGUGCUUAGGUCCAGUAUGACUGAUCUGAUUUUAUUCUGACAUUGAUCAGGUUUAUAGUGCUGUUGUGUCAAAGUACAAUAAACGACCCAAAGCCUAACGCAAGAAGAGCUGGCAGAGAAUCUUUUAUUUUUCUUGCAGUAUGUGUUGAUUUAACUUUACAUGCUGCGUUGAUACAUUUGAGGUAAAUUUUUUGUUAAGUUUUGACAAAGAAGUGAUAAACCAUGACUUUAGUUUGAAUGAUCGACUGUUGGAGGCCAGGCUUUUCACUAAAGUAAAAGAAAAAAUGUGACUGGUUUCAAAACUAAAGUAUCGAAGUGUCGUAACUUAAUAAAAUGGCGUUAAGGGCAAAAGCUUAGACCAACAGCACUGCCACACCUCUCCCAGAAACCGUUUUACUGAAGGGUAUGAUGAUUGUAAUCUUACAUGAAGUACUAAUGUGGGAUAAACUAGGUUACUUGCUUCUUCUGCAUAUAUGCCCAAUGAAACUUGAUGCAUUUUAUUGCAAUGCAAAAACACUAAUGAACCAUUUGAAUGGUACAAGCAGUCAGAUGUUGGAAGUUAUUGGUAUUCAGUUCUGUUAAUUAUAUAGCGCCAAAUAUCAAGAGGAGUCACCUCAUGGCGCUUGAACAUUCCAAUACAUUUAGUUCAUUUUGCCAAUUUUAUCCACCUUGGUGGUUUACUUGAAUGCAUUAUUUAUUUUUUUAUGUUUUUGUGACGAGACUAACUUAAGAAGAGAAAUUAAACAAUUUUUUAAGUGGAACUAAAAAGUCGGCAAAUUGAUAAUUACACUAGUAGACUUAGAUGUCCACAUAUUCCACUUAAAGUAAUGUGAGGUAUUUGUACUUGAUUACUUUGCUAGGGAUCCACAAUAUUCCAAUUUUUCAGAACCAAAAACAUAAACGGCUGUUUGUUUGGCCCGACAUCCUCAGUUACAGGUUCUGUUAUUUUACCUGAUUCGACUCUGAAUAGUUUGUUUAAAAUAUCCUCAACAAACUUAAGGUUACAACUUAAAUCCCAGGGCUAGUAGAUCCGAAAAUCAGAGGCUCGUUUCUGAUUGGAUGUAAUCACUCAGCCCCGCCCACUAAGAGAAUUUACUUCUGUUAUUGGUAGCAGAACUUUAAAAGUUCUGAUUGGCUACUUUAGAACUGAGGUUUAGGCCCAAUCCCAAUCCCCACACUUCCACCCUUGUGCCCUUCAAUUGCACGAUCUCAACCAGGGAUGCGAGUGCGUAGGGUGAAUCAACUCUCAAAUGCAGAAGUUGAUCACUCCCCUUUUGCACCCUUGAUCCGACCUUCACCCUAGUCUGCAUCGCAGCGGACUCAGGUGAAGGUUAUUACUCACAAUCCAUUGCUGCGGGAGAAAAGACUCAACAAGGGCCUUUUUAUAUAACAAUUAGUUGAUGCCCUGAAACUCUUAGACAAAGCAGCAAUAAAUGUAAUUUUAUUUAUUUAUUUUUUCAAAUUUGUUGUUUAGUUGAAAGUUAAUAAAGGUUUUUAAAGAAGAAUCACAGCGACCAGAAUCCCAGCAUGUGUUGCACUUGAUGAGGCAAUGCUUCCUGUCUAAAUUCUGCUAUUAUCUGCACACUUGUGUACUACGUACAGCGCACUUUCUCCAAGUGCACUUUCCUGAAGACGGCAGUGCGAGUAUUGAGAUUGGGUCUUAGUUUAUACUUACACUUAAACACCUAAGUAAGUAAACUGGUGUCAACCAAAGAUGUACCUGCAAUGAUCAGCUGACCUGCCAGGCAGUGUCUACGCCUCCUGCUGUCUUGGCAGGGUAUUGCUUCACAACGCUGACACGCCAAUGGAGAAGUAAAAACGCCUCCAUCAAAAGGUGUGAGCGCAGACUUGCUGACUGAGAUGUAUAAACUAGGGUUGACACCGUAGAACUGCCUUUUAUUACCUCACAAACCCUUUCUGUAAAGUAUCAGAAUGUUAAUACCAGAGUAACGGUAGUUCCUUUCUGAGAUGGUCACCUGAAUCAGGAACUUGAGGACCCCUCUAACAGAUAAACUCCAGUGUUUCAGUUGUUUGUAACACUCCCUGAGGCAGGAGCUACCUGUAACUUAACGUCUGAAGGACAGAUGCUGUGUUGUCUGUGUGGUUGAGUGUUUCUGAGGUUCAGUAGCUGCUGUCAGCCAGCUUGUCACAGACAGGCUGCCCCGGUCCACCGUACAUGCUCUUCUCUACAGUUGGGUUACUUUGACGAUGAGUAGUUCUGCAGAAGUCAGUGGACAGUAAAGCCUGCAGCCAGAGGUAUGCUUACACAGAUCAGCUGAACAAGUAAGGUAAGUGUCCCAUCCAUGUUUCUGAUACAAGAUGCUCAGUUGUGCCUUUACACAGGACUUCUCUGUCUUCUCUGUGUCACUGAUCAGGACUUCUGGCAUCACACUUGACCAAAAAAAAUGGAUUCACAGUGCAGAAAUGUCCUCUUCAACCUUAUUGUGAGAAUGGAGGUGCGGCCGACUCCUUGCAGAGAGAGUGUGUGUGUAGUACCAUAUGUGAAUGAAAUGAAAUACUUUCGAACGGCUUGAACUUCGACCUUUGGAGUAUAUGACUGAACCAUCAUAUUGGAUGAAGGGAACUUGGUGCUUUUUGAUGUUAUAUUUUUGAAAUACAACACAGAGGCAGGCUCUGUGCUGCAGGGAAUAUAAAAUCUAAAGUCUUUCAUCUUUUUGUUGUGAUAAAACUCAGAUUUGUGUUGAUCUACAUUGUUGGUCCACAACACUGUAUGGAUAAAACAAUUAGUAAACUUGUAUUCUUAAGGACUACCUGCUUUGGUAAGAGGAUUAAAAUGAAACCUGUCAGGCCAUCCUGAACAUGUGAUUCUGUAUAUAGUCAGGCCACAGUCCAUUGAUGGCUCUUGAUAGUGGGGUGGGGUCUAUAAUUGUCUUGCAAACUGUCUCUGCAUGCUACUGGAUAACAAACAACGUGACAUACUCACCGCUAUGGCUAUUCAUCAGCGAGGCAGUCCACCAUACUCCGUCAAAGAAGAUGCAAAAGCAUCUUUUUUCUAAAUAAACUUGAGUACCUCAAUCUACUUGACUCAAAGAAAAGCCCAAGUCUAAAUAGUCUAAAGUUGAUGCUUAGGCCGUUGCAAACGAGAAGUCGCCAUCUUUGUUUUUUCAGCAACAUCCUGCCCACAAACCAAUAGAAUGCAGUGAUUGGACCGCUAUGCAGCCAUCGCCUUCUUAGUUUUGCUCAGUCACCUGCAUCCAACCCACCUGGCUGAUAGAGAACUGUGAUAGGCCAGCCAGUAUUGUGGCUGGGACUGCGAAGGUUCUGAUGAAGCGUUGCUAGACACAACAUGCAGAGCAAAAUAAUUUUGCUUUAGCAAAUGACGGUCUAGAUUCUAGAUUAGCUAUUGUCAAAAAUCAGUGUGAACAGGAGGUAAAGAAGUUUCUGCAAACCUCAAACCGACUUAUUGCUGUUUUGGACAAGCCUUUGCAGCUUAAUGUUGACAAUGGGAGCAUGUCAGUAACGAAACAUUUCUCAUGAGGCUCUAGACCUCGUUUGGAGACCGCGGAAAGGCCGGCAUUCUGUCACUAUAGGCUAUUUACAGAAAUCUGAGGCAUAAAAUCUUGAUCACAAAGCAAGAAGAAACCUCAUUUCAUGACUAUCGUCUGAUGUGAGAAACAUUAUCGAAGACCGUGUCUGAUGUACAGUAAGGUUGAGCAAUGGCACAAAUUAAAUGAUCAUUGGUGAUGGUACAACCAGUGAGUAAAAACUAAACAGUCUUACACUCACAAUCCAACAUAAUAAACUGCUGAAAAUUUCCCCCAGAUGCGCUGCUCAUAAUCCGUGUUGCCUUUGGUGGUGCGUCAGUCACCCUCAUUGGGGUUUUUUAAGACUCUUAAGACCCAUUUUUUUGUCAAGGCAUUUCAGGAUUAGCAAAUUUUACCCGGUUUCGAUGCCCCGGCCUCUUAUUUAAGGAUUUUAUUUUUUGCUUUGACUCUCCUCUUUUAAUUGAUUUUAUGUUGGUUUUACGAUUGUUAUUUUUUAUUCUGAUGGUUUUAUGUUUUUAUUGUGUUGUGUUCUGCACCUUGGGCGUCUGCAUUGGUCGCAGAAGGGGCUUUAUAAAUAAAUGAAAUGAAAUGUCGGCAUCCAAAUGUCGUCACUCAAUAGUUUGGAGACAUUUUUUUAACCUCAGUGACCAAGUGGUACCCCUCCUUUCCACCGGAGCCGUGAUGGAGCCGUCAGCAGCACGUUACUGCAGCAGCACGUCAUAGCUGCUGAUAGGAACCGCUCUAGUCAACAGAACCUUUUCCACCGGAGCCGUCAGCAGCACGUCAUAGCUGCUGAUAGGAACCGCUCUAGUCAACAGAACCUUUUCCACCGGAGCCGUCAGCAGCGCGAGUCAGCUGCGUCUCAGGAGCAGCAUGUCGCGGUCCUUACGCGCCGGUUCUUUUUUCUACGCGCGACGCCUCUGAAACGGGUCAAGUUCGACAUUUUGGGGGAAGGAAAGACAGGAAAUCGGACGCGGAAACGGAGAGAAGCUCCCGAGAUUUUCAGAAUAAAGAAACGUACUGCCUUCCGGUUGCUUUACUUUUAAAAACAGUUACUAACUGGGGGGUCCCGUGAGAAGUUAUCACCUAGCUAGCGGUCUCCUUUGUUUUUCAGGUCCGUAUUGGCGAUUAUAACACGGACAGAACAUAAAACAUAAACCUUUUGGAGCCAUGUUGUAAUUUUCUCCUGCUUGUUGUUGUUUACUGAUGAAGUCACUCAUGUGACUUCGUGCUCUGUCGGUGACAGCUGCUCCCCUGCUGCUUCGCGUCUUGUGGGAAGGGCCAAUCAGCAGCUUACGCGAGUAAGACGUGCUGCUGACGGCUCCGGUAGAAAGGGGGGGCGGGUGGCGUGUCCGGCCUGAGAGUGGGAGAUUAGUAUACCAACCGGGAUUUGAACCCUAAAGUCUUUAAAUAUGGGACCCAGUGCCUCCCUGCUUGACACUCUGCUUAAAGUGGUUAAAUUGGGGUGGGUGGUUUCCGAGCGCAGCCACUGCUGCAGCUGGGGGAUGGGUCAAAUGAGAAAUUUCACCAGUGUGUGAUGACUUGUAGGAGUUUACCCUUCUGCUGGGUCAAACUCAUCAGCUAUUGGCUGACAGGUCAGGCGUACCGUCCUUAAUUAUCACGUGUGCAGCGCCAUCCAACUGUGUAGAGUUCAGUCGGCUUAUGUUUCAAAUAGACAACAAAAUGACACAUGGAAGCAUUCUGCCGGUGUGUCAUGCUAUUGUAUUUAAAUUCAGGGGUGGAGCUGAGCCUGACGCAUUGAAUUACUGGUUACAGUCUGAGGUGAUUGGAGCUUUUAUGUUUGUAGAUUUUUUUGAGAACAGUGGUGAAACUCUAGAUUUAUGGCAGGUUGUGGGAACGUCGUCGUUACGUUCGUUCUGUUAUCUCAUUCCUUUUUUUAAUUCUUCACUAAACAGAGUGAAUAAAGCUUGUUUUGACCGUCUUUGCUGACCAGUUUCGGCCUUCGUCAGAGCUUCGCUGAUGUCAGUGGUGUCACUUCGCUGCCCGGACAUGAGCAGAGACCGAAAUGACGGCCUCGGCGAAGCUCUGAUGAAGGCUACAGUUGGCGACACGGGUCAACAAAAAAGGUCAAAAGAAGCUUUAUUUACUGUCUGUAGUGAAGAACCAAGACGAUGGAUCUGGAGCUGGCUGUGUCCGUCUGACCGUUCUUCGGUCUUCAGAUUAGAGCUGCAGUAAGUCAUCGGCUCAGUUCCUCUGUGGUCGGCCAUUAAAGACUCCUUUUACCACUGGUUUGUGAUGGUUUCGUACUUAACAGGAAAGUUGGAUAUUGUAACGUGAUGAAGGAGCUAUUCCAUCAAGGUUAUUUAACCUCUCCCACAGAUGCCUCUGACACAGUGCUCGAGUGCAUGAGACCGCCUCAAGGUCAUGCAUUUGCUUCUAAAACUGUUUACUUUCCAGCAAGAGAAGAAAAGACUCUUUUCUUUUAUUAAAUCAAAGAACUCUUAUUUUAAUAAAGCUAAUCAAAACAAGUGUUAGUCAGUAAUACCAUGCUGACCGAUCUGUGAAAUAACAAUGUUAUGAUUAAUAUGCUUUAAUAAGUAAAUGACUUUAACACAUUAGACACGCUGAUACACUAAUGAAAACGCAUGACGCAUUGCUGUUGCUGAUCCAAUCAGAACCUUCCUAGUCUGAAGCGUGGCAGAGUCUCUGUGGUGUUAAUAAAUCUGCCAACGUUGAUUCGACCAGAAUUCAAAACAUCCAGAUUAAUAAAACCAGUUCCAGCGUCAUCUUAGUUCAGUUGUCAAGAUCUCACUGGAGUUCACCGCAUGCUAAGCGAAGUAUCGGACCGGCCAUCCGGACUUCCCUUUUUAAGCUGAGAACCACCAAGCUGGAAAAAUCUGUUGCAUUUUACCAACCAAGCAAUGGUUCCUUUCAGAAUAAAAGCUGAACUCACUGACCCAGGGAGGGUCCCUUUUGAUGCUAAAGACUAGUUUGUCGUGCUGUUGACGCUGUACCACUGGCUCCAGUACCGAAAGGAGGGUCCGAGGACCUGGCAUUCUGGAUCUGUACAGGAGGUCUCAUUGAGGGUAUGUGUGGAUGCGCCAAAUAUGGCGUCUCGUGUUUAUGAAACUCCGGUCACACUCUGAUCGUAAUUAGAAGCAAAACAUCAUUCCUCACUCAGACUUGCUUCUCCGGAUACGAGAGUUCUGAUAACACGCAUUCACACACACACACACCAUCCACCUCACGUCUCAUUCAAACAGAUCCAUCCAUCAUUAGUUAGGGUUAGUUGUUUAAAAUUAUUUAGUAAUAAAUCAUCUUAAACGUUUAAAGGACUCUCUCUCUUCUCUUGUCUCUCAGUUAAUACAAAGUGUUACAAAUCCCUACAAUAAAAACUUCCAAUCUUCUGGUGGUCCAUAAGAUUGAUCCCAUACUCUAUAUGGAAUCUUACCGUCUCACGGUCCUUAAUUAGAUGUAAGUUAACUUCAUUACAAUAUUCAUCUUUUUAGAGGAAGGAAAAAAGAUCUUUCUAUCUGGGAAGUACAAAUUUACAAAUGAGUGACUGAUGUGUGUGUUUGGAUUGACUUGGGAAAAGAAACGUACACUGUAAAAAACGAGUACAUUUUAACAUUUGGAGUUGUGUAAAAGCAGCGGUGGGAUUAAAGUGAAUUUGGGGUGAGAUCAUAUCAACUUGGUUUAUGAACAGAAACAAGUUCCUCACAUUUCUGUUUCAUAAACAAACCAGAAAAAAAGUAAUUUUAUAGUUUUUGGCUCUAGUUUUUGUUUAUUCCUCUAGAACAUAGGUACGUGUGUUUUCAAACAAACCAACUGUGUGGACGCUUCGUUGACUUUGCAGACGUUUGUUGUGGAUCGGGGGUGGGGGACUAAACGAAUGAAUCUGGAUCUUUGCUCUGUGAGUUGGAUUCCUGUUCAGAUGUCCGGCUCGACUUUUUGGUGUUUCGUGUUUUCAGACUGGAGUACAGAUGCUUUUAUUAGCUGUGAUUCAGCUUUUUACCUCUAAACUCAUCCAAGGUCAUCCAGCUGACUCAAACUGACUUCACAACUGUUGUUGAAGUUUCUUCCUUCUGUUUAUUCUGAUACUUGAAUCUUUUCUGUGGUGCACCAACUUUUUUAAAACACCUGAAAGUUGCUCAGUAGUUCUGGAAUCAGCCCCUGUUCCUCUGCACUGUGAUCCAUUACUCAUGCCUGAUUGGACACUUUAAAAAUCCACUUCCUGUCUUGAGUGUGACGCCAGAACAACCCUGUUGGACCGUAAUGCCCCUCCCCCAUCAUCUGAAGGGAACCAAGUUUUGUUCUGAGCAAGGUUCUGGUGCCGCUCGGUGCCGGGUUUUACCCGGAGCUGUUUGAAACGCAAAACUAGGAUCAGCUUCCUGUCUGAGGACCUCAGCAGCUGCUGUCACAUCUGUUUCACGAAUUUACACAAACACACAAUAACACACACUUUACACAAACACACAACACACACUUCACAUAACCUCUCCUCAUACCACACACACACCCCAACUGUAAUGCAUGCCCAUUUAACAUCAUGACCUACUUGUAAACACAAACAGCUGACGUUUUGGAGACAAAUGACAGCUGACCAAUCACAGCCAGACUCUGACUGUGCUCUCUCUCGCUGCAGGCACCUCGGCCGAUCGAGGGAGGCUGAGGGUCCGGUCCGAACGGCCACGGUGAAACUAAAGACUUGAUGUCUGAUGGAACAAACAGGAAAACCUGGACAGGAUUUCUGGAUCGUCUUCGUGCUUCUGUCAGCAGCUCAUCACAGAUAGCUGCAGCACCCCGAUGUGACCAGCAGGGGGCAGUCGGCCCACGCUCCAGAAGAUGGACGCCCUUUUUGGUUCCGUUUGAUAAUAAAUGAAGCAAAAAGAAAAACUGA